AUGCAUCUGAUUCAAGUCAUCUUCAAAUUUACGCGCGAGCCUCAGCCAUGCUCUGGGCUGCUGGUAAACACGGUGACCGCAGGUCUCAUUAUGAUAAUUCGACCUUUCACCACAAACCGCCGACCAUUCAUAAAAGACGUUCUCUUCUACAUGGCAGCGGUGAGCUGGAGUGCUGCUAUUCUUGUGCGGCGCACGAUCUACCUCAGCGACUCUGUUGGUUUCAUAGGACUUUACCUCAUGUAUGUUGUGACCACCUGGGCAGCCGGCCACGUGCGGCUAAAGAGAUCUAACAGCCAGGCCUACAGACGAUGUGCCGCAUUUUUUCAAAAUCUCAAGAACGUUCUCAUCUGUACUCGCAACUCGCCUUCCACUGCCAACACUAAGGAAGAGGACGAGAAGACUUCGACUGCCAGGGGCUGCCACCAGUCUCUCUGGAGGCGGCUGCGAGGCCUCUUGGUUGUACGGAGGCCCGUUCCCGAUGGCGCCACUGCGGAAGACCUAGAAGGGUGUUCCAAAAAAGGCGACGUAGGACCUGACCUCUUUGAAUCAUCCCGACGGAAUGACAACCUAUUCUCUGAUAAUGACAUCAAAAUUGUGGGUUUUCGAAGACGACCGAACCCAAUUUGCACUCCCACGGCCUCAACUCGCAACGGGAAUCGCAGAUCCCCUUUGGGCUUCCCGCGUAUUGAGGUCACCUCACCUCCAGUCGAAAGCAGUGCCACCCGGCCCCCUUCAAUCUCAAAAACCCCAUCUUUGCAUCAGAGUUAUCUUGCUCCUCCACGAGAUUUCCUUGACCUACCUCAAAGGCACCCCCGGCUUAUCCACCCCCUCACUCCCCCUCAUUCACCUACCCUUAAAACUGACCGGAGUUCCCUCCAGAGAACACUGACACCCCCGGUCACCUUUUUGGGGCACGGUCCUGCCCUUGGUGGAUCGAACUCGGCAACAGUUGCCUCUUCCUUCAGAAAAAGGGCUUCAGUUGGGGGGAUAGGGCUGCGUACUCGGACGCCCAGCAUGAGCCAACGGCGUGGAAGCAGACGAAUGAGCACUAUGGAGCAAUUACCGUUUAUCGUUAGGUGGAUUAUUGCUAAUGCUGAAGCUGAAGACCGGGAAUGUGAAGAUGGAAACGCUGAAGUCAAAUGGCGCUAUCGUAAUAUCUCCGAUUCAACCCACACACCCGACAUCUCUUCUCUACAUACCUUUACCCAGGAUCACUCACAAUCGCGUAGCCCAACUGUCUCCUUUCUCGACGAACAUUCAUCGCGCAACCACAUGCCCCAUUUACCACCACUUUACCACCGCUACGGUGGCAAUCACGAGCUCAAACGUAUUUCGUCUGUGUCACUGCCUGACCUAGAAGAAAUCGACAAAGAUGCUGGAACUGGUUUCAACACACCUACAGAAGCAAGAUCACGUCUAGGUAAAGAGGAGUUGAGUGUAAAGGAGGCUACAGAACUUUCCGGGUCGAAAAUUGCUAAAAAUGAGGGCAAUGAUGAGGAGGAGGAGGAGUAUCUUGACCCUUUUGUUCAAUGGGCAAGCCGAGGAAUGUGGCAUCAUCUGCUUUACUGUCUUUGCCCAAUAGAUAUUUCUGAGUGGAAAAAUCUCUCCAUACCUGUCAAAAUACUUCAAAUUAUACAGGCACCAAUAUUUAUUCUUUUCCGACUGACUAUUCCUGUAGUCUAUGAAGACCUUGAACCUACGGUACCUACACCAAAGGGUGUCGAAAUUCCAGUUAAUGAAGAGGGUGGUAAUGAACACACUGACACUAAUGUUGAGGCUGGUUUGGAGGUGGAUGUAUCACAGAAACAUUCGGAAGCGAACGACGACGCCGAAGAGGCGCGUUCACAUCCCGAUUUUCCACUGGUCGAUUUUGAGUAUCUGCAUGGGUGGUGCCGGCUGCUCAACUGCUUCCAAUGUCUUCUUACGCCUAUGCUCUGGGUCCUUCUCAUAACAGGUGAGGGAAACAUUUGUAUCAAUUUGACAGUGUAA